AAAAAGCAACGAGACGGCGCCAAUUGUGUGGUCCUCCCGUGGCGACAUUUCACGACUCCCUCGUGUCUCUUUCGGGUCCUGGUUGCCAAGCGAAGGGAGACAUUUGGUUUUUUCUUCGCCCACCUGAAGCGCGGACGAGUGCACCUGCUCGAAGCGAGCCACGAAGCUCCCGGGAGAGCCCAAAUGGGGUACGGACGGUCGGACAGCUACCGCGUGGCCACCACGCAGGACAAGGAUGAGAAGGAGUCGCCCAAGAAGAAGGGAGGCAAGGACAUGGACGACCUCAAGAAGGAAGUGCCGAUUACGGAGCACAAAAUGUCCGUGGAGGAAGUUUGCAGGAAGUACACCACGGACAUCGUCCAGGGUCUGACCAACGCCAGGGCCGCCGAGUACCUGGCCAGAGACGGCCUCAACGCCCUGACCCCGCCGCCCACCACCCCGGAGUGGGUCAAGUUCUGUCGCCAGCUGUUCGGCGGCUUCUCCAUCCUGCUGUGGAUCGGCGCCAUCCUCUGCUUCCUGGCCUACGCCAUCCAGGCCGCCACGGAGGACGAGCCCGCCGGGGAUAACUUGUACCUCGGUAUCGUGCUGUCGGCCGUCGUCAUCAUCACCGGCUGCUUCUCCUACUUCCAAGAAGCCAAGAGCUCCAAGAUCAUGGAGUCCUUCAAGAACAUGGUCCCCCAGCAAGCCCUGGUGAUCCGCGAAGGGGAGAAGAUGCAGAUCAACGCCGAGCAGGUGGUGGCCGGAGACCUGGUGGAGGUGAAGGGGGGAGACCGGAUCCCCGCCGACCUGCGCAUCAUCUCGUCUCACGGCUGCAAGGUGGACAACUCCUCCCUGACUGGCGAAUCGGAGCCUCAGACCAGGUCGCCCGACUGCACCCACGACAAUCCCCUGGAGACCCGGAACAUCGCCUUCUUCUCCACCAACUGUGUGGAGGGCACGGCUCGCGGUAUCGUAGUGUGCACUGGCGACCGCACCGUGAUGGGCCGCAUCGCCACCCUCACCUCGGGCCUGGAGACCGGCAAGACGCCCAUCGCCAAGGAGAUCGAGCACUUCAUCCACAUCAUCACCGGCGUGGCCGUCUUCCUGGGCGUCAGCUUCUUCGUGCUGUCGCUCGUCUUGGGGUACUCGUGGCUGGAAGCCGUCAUCUUCCUCAUCGGCAUCAUCGUGGCCAACGUGCCCGAAGGCCUGCUGGCCACCGUCACCGUGUGUCUCACGCUGACUGCCAAGCGGAUGGCCCGCAAGAACUGCCUGGUGAAGAACCUGGAGGCGGUGGAGACGCUGGGCUCCACCUCCACCAUCUGCUCGGACAAGACGGGCACCCUGACCCAGAACAGGAUGACCGUGGCACACAUGUGGUUCGACAACCAGAUCCACGAGGCCGACACCACCGAGGACCAGUCGGGCUCCUCCUUCGACAAGAGCUCCAGCACGUGGGCGUCCUUGGCCCGCAUCGCCGCGCUGUGCAACCGCGCCGUGUUCAAGGCCGGCCAGGAGUCUCUGCCCAUCCUGAAGCGGGACGUGGCCGGCGACGCCUCCGAGUCGGCGCUGCUCAAGUGCAUCGAGCUGUCGUGCGGCGCCGUCAAGACCGUGAGGGACAAGAACAAGAAGGUGGCCGAGAUACCCUUCAACUCCACCAACAAGUACCAGCUCUCCAUCCACGAGAGCGACGACGAGUCGGACAACCGCUACCUGCUGGUGAUGAAGGGAGCCCCCGAGAGGAUCCUGGACCGCUGCUCCACCAUCAUGCUGCAAGGCCGCGAGCAGCCCAUGGACGACGAGAUGAAGGAGGCCUUCCAGAACGCUUACCUGGAGCUGGGAGGCUUGGGGGAGAGAGUGCUGGGCUUCUGCCACCUCUUCCUGCCAGAGGACUCCUACCCAAAAGGUUUCGCCUUUGACACGGACGACGUCAACUUCCAGACGGACAACCUCUGCUUCGUCGGCCUCAUGUCCAUGAUCGACCCGCCCCGCGCCGCCGUUCCCGACGCCGUGGGCAAAUGUCGCUCCGCCGGCAUUAAGGUCAUCAUGGUGACCGGCGAUCACCCGAUCACGGCCAAGGCCAUCGCCAAGGGCGUGGGCAUCAUCUCCGAGGGCAACGAGACGGUGGAAGACAUCGCCGCGCGUCUCAACAUCCCCGUGAGUCAGGUGAACCCCAGGGACGCAAAAGCCUGCGUGAUCCACGGCACGGACCUGAAGGAUCUCAACCAGGACCAGAUGGACGACAUUUUAAGGAAUCACACGGAGAUCGUCUUUGCCAGGACCUCGCCUCAGCAGAAGCUGAUCAUCGUCGAGGGCUGCCAGAGACAGGGCGCCAUCGUGGCCGUGACGGGCGACGGCGUCAACGACUCUCCCGCCCUCAAGAAGGCCGACAUCGGCGUCGCCAUGGGAAUCUCCGGCUCGGACGUGUCCAAGCAAGCCGCCGACAUGAUCCUGCUGGACGACAACUUCGCCUCCAUCGUCACGGGCGUCGAGGAAGGCCGCCUCAUCUUUGACAACCUGAAGAAGUCCAUCGCCUACACGCUCACCAGCAACAUCCCCGAGAUCACGCCCUUCCUCUUCUUCAUCCUGGUCAACAUCCCGCUUCCGCUGGGCACCAUCACCAUCCUCUGCAUCGACCUGGGCACCGACAUGGUGCCGGCCAUCUCCCUGGCGUACGAGGCGGCGGAAAGCGACAUCAUGAAGCGUCAGCCCAGGAACCCGAUGAGGGACAAGCUGGUCAACGAGAGACUCAUCAGCAUCGCCUACGGACAGAUCGGUAUGAUCCAAGCCCUCGGCGGCUUCUUCGCCUACUUUGUCAUCAUGGCGGAAAACGGCUUCCGGCCCGCCGUGCUGAUGGGGAUCCGCCUCAACUGGGACGACCGCUCCAACAACGACCUGGAAGACAGCUACGGGCAACAAUGGACGUACGAGCAGCGGAAGAUUGUGGAGUUCACGUGCCACACGGCGUUCUUCGUCAGCAUCGUGGUGGUGCAGUGGGCCGACGUCAUCGUCUGCAAGACCAGACGCAACUCCGUCUUCCAGCAGGGCAUGAGGAACAAGAUUUUGAUCUUCGGCCUGUUUGAGGAAACGGCCCUCGCUGCCUUCCUGUCCUACUGCCCCGGCAUGGACGUGGCGCUGCGGAUGUACCCGCUCAAGGCCAGCUGGUGGUUUUGCGCGUUUCCGUACAGUUUCCUCAUCUUUGUUUACGAUGAGAUUCGAAAGCUCAUCCUGCGCCGAAACCCUGGAGGUUGGGUGGAAAAGGAGACGUACUAUUAAAUUAUCAAAACAUCACGAAUGUCUCAUUCUCCCCCUUUCCUCUGCCUUUUGUCUCACCACCCCUACCCUGCCAUUCUCAAGCCCCGCCCCUUUUACCACGCCCCCUCGCUGGCCCCUCCCAUGCUGUCAGCUGAUUGGCUAGCACAUUACAAAUAAGAACGUAUGUGCUCGAACACCCAUCUGGCGUCCAUUCUUGUUGUUUACAUUCAUAGAGUUGCACGUUGCCAUGGUAACAAGCUGCUGAUGUUGAUUUUUCCACCAACUAGAAAAAAAUUACCUAAAAAAAAAAAAUAAUAAAUCGCCAAGAUGGCACAGACGGAGAGAGGAUGUUAGCAUGGGGGCUAACACACACCCACACACACACACCCCUUUCCCCCCCCCCCGACACUCGGCUCCAAACUGCCAACCAUUGUGCCGACGCUUGUUGCCAUGACGCCUGAAUGCGCCGUCGUUGCCGCUUUCCCAACUCCACUGCAGUGUUGGGCACUUUUUGUUUUUUUGUUAGUUCCUUUCCAGCUUGGGCAUCACGGUGGGUGAGUGGUUACAACGUCUGCCUCACAGUUCUGAGGUUGGGGUUCAAACCCUCUCUUCCAACCCCCCCCCAAAAUCCCCCACAGUGUCUUCUGGUCUGCUUGCUGGUCUGAUUGGCUGUUGUUGAUUUUGAAAACAUUUAUUUGCGAGCGAGUGUGGGAGCCGCUUGUUUUCAUUCACAUGUGACGAAGCCCACUGUUUCUCCCUCCUCCUCUUCCUCCCCCCUCUAUCUUCGCCCCUCCCCCCGUCUUACCUGUUGACGUUUGUCUUGUUGGUGAGCGCCGUCAACACCCCCGGGCAGGGGUGGGCAAACUUUGGCCACGGUUGACUUUUGCAACGAGCCGGGUCAUUUGCAGAUGAGGAAAAAAACCCAAAAAACCUUAAAAAGCGAGUGUCUAAAUAGUCAAAUUAUUUCUUUUGACAAAACAAUAAAAAAUGACUUGAUUUUAUAUGACAAAUCAAACAAAAUGUUACUAUUUUUUUUAUUUACAUCAAAUUAACUAAAGAACUAUUCAAUCAGAUGAAUGAAUGAAUUCAAAUAAUAUAUACCAUAAUUUUAUGGUAUUUAUCAUUUAAUGUUAAUUAAUGAGCCAGUUAUCUAAUAAAAAAAUUUAAUUGUUAAAGAGUUACAUUGUUUUACAAUUUUUUUAUUCUAGUAUUUAAAUAUAUACAUUUUUAAGAAAUGACCCACGACCCUAGUGAGGAUAUGCAGUACAGAAACUAGACUGAUGGAUGAUUUAUGAGUUUUGAAUGAGAGAGACGAAUUAAAAUAAAAGAAGAAAUAAAUGUUACUUUAACCAUUUUUAGGAAAAUGUUGAAAACCACCGCCGUUAGUUGACAUACCCUGGCGUAAUUUGUAAGAGGUGUACCAUUCUUUAAAGACGAGCGUGGUCACAAAAACACACUUAUUUUAGCAUCAAUAAGAUUUAAAAUUCAAACUGGAUGACAUUUCAGAAUAGCACAAUCAUUAAGCAAAACAUAGCAAUUAAAACAAUGAGAUUCAGACAUAUUUUCACCCAAAUUGGCAAUAUUUCACAAAGUCUGCCAAGGCGCGUAAACAAUCAGAACAAGCGUACGGCUAAAUGAAUACAGCAAACAUGACAGAACGUUUUGGUAUUGGAAAUGCUCGCUGGCCGGGCCGCGAGCCAUACUUUGCCCACCCCUGUCCGCUCUUAACGGGAGAGGAAAACAAAAAGUUCCGGUCUUUGUGUGUCCUGGGAAAAAGAGAUUUCUCUCCCAAUUUCGUGUUUUGAAUUGGCGGAGCGAGGCGCUUGUGAAUUUGCUCGCGGAAGCGGCAGCACAAACCUCAAACAACCGACAGAAGAAAAUGAAAUCCAAUCAAAGAUUUUUUUUCUUCUCUUUUUUCACUUUGCUCUCCAUUCUGUUUUUGUGUCAUGAAAAUGGAAAUAAAUGCUCGUUGCUGACGGCUCCCGUGUCCUA